AAUAAUACAAAAAUGAAUGUAUGGUAUAAUUGGAAUGUCUGAGUUGAUGAUUUGAGAACGUCCACUCCUGCCUCAUUUGAACUAGACAACAGGUCAUUGAUGGUUUUAAUGUUGUUAUCUACUCCAGACCUGCAGGUGAAGGUGACCACUACAUGGUGGUUAACGACACUGACCUGUAACACCACCUGUACUCUGACUGACAACCCCACCUACAUCUGGUACAGGAACAGUAAGAUUGUACAAGAGAACUCCUCCCCCUCAUACUCAGUCUACUUUAAAACUGAAGACAGCUUCUACUGUGAUGUAAACGGCAUCAAUUCUCAUCCAGUGUCUUUUGAGGGUCACAGUUAUUUCCACGUGACUUACACCCAUCAGAGUGUCUGUACCUUGAAUGGGUCAUCAGUGGACAUAUCCUGCUCUUAUACAUUUCCCAGGGGUCAUACAGUCUCUGAAACAAAAUGGUAUACAAAAGGAAAACUUGAUGAGGUGCCUCAAAUCCUGAACCCGGGGUUUGGAGGUCGUGUGGAGUACCUUGGAAAUAUGCAGAGUGACUCCACCCUGAGAAUCACAGACCUGAGAGAGGAGGAUUCAGCUGAGUAUAAGUUUAGAUUCAGAACAGAUCAGACAACCUGGGAGCCCACCUUCCCUGGAACAACUCUGACUGUCACAGGUCUGCAGGUGAAGGUGACUCCUGCCACUGUGUCAGAGGGACAGAAGGUGACACUGACCUGUAGCACCACCUGUACUCUGACUGAGAACCCCAACCCCACCUACAUCUGGUACAAGAAUGGACAUGUAACCACCCAAUCUAACAGUCUGUUCCUAAACCCAGUCAGCAGUGAGGAUGCAGGCAGAUACUCCUGUGCUGUAGAAGGCCAUGAGGAUCUCCACUCUGCUGAAGAGACUCUCACUGUCACAUAUGGCCCAAAGAACACCUCAGUGUCAGUCAGUCCCUCUGGUGAAAUAGUGGAGGGCAGUUCAGUGACUCUGACCUGCAGCAGUGAUGCCAACCCACCUGUGGACACAUACACCUGGUACAAGAAGAACGUAACCUCACCAAAAGCAUCAGGACAGAGUUACAGCAUCACUAACAUCAUCUCUGAGGACAGAGGAGAAUAUUACUGUGAGGCCCAGAAUAAAAAAGGAUCUAUGAACUCUACAGUUCUGAUGAUUGUUGUAGCAGGGAAACAAACCUCAGUUAUGACUGUAACUGUAGGAAUCACAGUGGUUGUUCUGGUUCUCAUCCUCUGUCUCUCUGGCUUCAUGUGGUUCAGGAAACAAGCCUCCAAAUCCACCUCCAACACAAGAGACACAGCAGACGAUGGACAGGGAAACUCUAGUCCAGUGUAUGACAAUGUCUCAAGCAUGGCCAUGACCCCUACUGCAGCACAGACAGCGGACACAGACAACCAGGAUUAUGUUUACUAUGCCAGCGUCCACUUCUCUGGCUCCAAAAACCAGGAAGUGCCUCUAUACUCCACCGUCCAGCUGCCUCAGCCCCAGAUUCAGGAGGAUGUCCAGUAUGCUGCUGUGAAAUUCAGCUGUCCCAGUGCUUCCACCCGGUGAACGUAUUCUGCCAUUACAACAACAGAGUCAAUACUAGAACAUUGAACACAGACAGCAUCAGGGUCAUUCAUAUGCUGCUGCUUAUUGGAAGAGUAGACAAUGUCAUCAAUAAGCAAAACGGUUGACCCCCUAGUGACAACUCAUUGUUCCCUGAAAAGUCCCUCCAUCAAUAGGUGAAGCACAGGAGGAUGGUGGCACCUUCAUUGGGGAGGAUGGGCUUGUGGUAAUGCCUGGAGCGGAAAAGGUGGAAUGGUAUAAAAUACAUCAAACACAUGUUUUCAUUCCAUUUGCGCCGUUCUGCCCAUUAUUAUGACCCGUUCUCCCCUCAGCAACCUCCUGUGAUCUAAAGAGUUGUAGGACCAUCCUUCAGGCCAAAGUGCAUUUCCUUGAACUCAUAAUAUGGUGUAACAAUGGACAUUUUGAAAAGUUGCACUCAGGGUUGGGGUCAAUUCCAUUUCAAUUUAGGAAAAUUCCAAUUGUUCCUCAUUGAAAAGCAUUGAAAAAAGAUGGAAUUUCAGUUUAGCUCCUGAAUUGAAAUGGUAUUGACCCCUAGCCUGGUUGCAGUUUCAAGAAGACCUUGUAUUUCUGGACCUGUAUUUAAAAAAUAAUUGAUAUAAUGAUAUAUAACAAUACAAUAAUAAAUGCCAUUUAGCAGAUGCUUUUAU